UUCAUAGUGCUGCGUACUAAAAACAUCGGACGCUAGGGGAUCAAGACGCAUGCCACAUUGCCUCUAUGUGGGCACUUUAACAGAUCUUUCGGGGGGUUUUUCCCAGUAAGGGGGCAGUGGAGGGAGGCCUUUUUUUUUAUUUUCACUCUCUAAUGACUGUUUGCACGGCUGAUUAUUGAGUUGAUUGUUUAUUAUUUUGGCCGCUGUUGUCUGCCGCCUUGUGCGUUUUUUCCUCCCCCUUUUUGGAUUCGGCGACCUAACGCGCGCUCACCAAUGUCCUAUCCUCAGGGUUACCUCUACCAGCCCCCGGGCUCUCUGGCUCUGUAUUCAUGUCCGGCUUACGGGGCCUCAGCUCUGGCCGCCCCGCGGAACGAAGACUUGGCGAGGUCGUCGUCUGGCUCAGCCUUCAGCCCAUAUCCCGGGUCAGCUGCUUUCUCCGCUUCGGCCGGUGCAGGCUUCUCCACUCCACUGUCAUACUCCACGGAUCCAACCACGGGAUUCCCAUCGUACAUGUCCUCUCCAUACGACGCACACACCACAGGCAUGGCCGGGGCUUUGAGUUAUCCCCCUUACGGGAGCCCAGGAUACCCCUUCCAGCUCAACGACCCGGCUUACCGCAAAAAUGCCACCAGGGACGCCACGGCCACCUUGAAGGCCUGGCUGCAGGAGCACAGGAAGAACCCGUAUCCGACGAAAGGAGAAAAAAUCAUGCUGGCAAUUAUCACCAAGAUGACCCUGACGCAGGUCUCCACUUGGUUCGCAAACGCCCGGAGGAGGCUCAAGAAGGAGAAUAAGAUGACAUGGGCACCCCGGAAUAAGAGCGAAGACGAGGACGAAGAGGACGGAGACGGCGAGAGAAAAGAAGUGGAGCGCUCAGAAAAAACGCUGGAUAACAGCGAGGCUUCAGCGGAGGAUGAAGGCAUCAGCUUGCACGUAGACACCCUGACGGACCACUCCUGCUCGGCAGAGUCAGACGGGGAGAAGGUCAGCUGUGUGGGCGAGCUUGGCUCUGAACAAGCCGGCGACAAAUGCGAAGAGGACGGCGAGGACCCAAACCGCGACCAGCGGGCUCAGCUUUCACCUAAACCCGUCACGUCAUCACCACUGACCGGAGUAGAAGCUCCAGUUCUCAGCCAUCACCAUCACCACCACCACCACCUCCACCAUCUCCACCACCUCCACAGCCAACGCGAGGAUUUAGCCCGGAGCCUUGUCAGUAGCAACAAUAUUAACACCAAUAAAUCCUCCUCAUGCCUUGACAACAGGCCUUCUUCGGGAGCGCCUCCUAACCCCACGGUCAAACCCAAAUUGUGGUCGCUGGCGGAAAUUGCUACCUCGGACCAAAAGCAGCAACAUCAGCAACAGCAACUGGGGCAGUCAACUGGGCAACCAAAUUGCCCCUCCUCCAGCGGUGGACUUCUCACUUCCCCAACGCCUUCCGCAGCCUCCCCGGCUGCCAGUUCGCCCUCCCUCUACCCGCCCCCCUCUAUCCUUGGAAGACCUAUUUAUUACACUUCACCCUUUUAUAGCAAUUACACAAACUAUGGCAACUUCAGCCCCCUGCAGGGUCAAGGGAUCCUGCGGUACACUAAUUCAUCUGGAGUGAGUCUGGCUGCUGCCGCCGCCGCCGCCGCCGCUGCUGCUGCAAACGAGGGUCUCAGUUCUUCUCAGCAGGCUCUGGAGGCCAGCACAAACCCCAAACACAGGCCAGACUCUCCCCUCGUUAAAAAUAAUCCAAACCAGAUUGUUGUUGAGCAGCAGCAACAGCAUUUCAGAACCGCAAAUUUAGAAGCAAAGAAAGGUACGUAAAAUAUGACGCGGUAAACAAAUAAUCAUUAUGAUUAAAAAAAGAGAGACUAACUUAUGAAAACUUAUUUAAUCUAGUGUUGAGUCCUAAAUUUGUAUUUUAAUUCAACCUUGUAAGGAAAUGUCGCCACGCUACAGGUAAAAUGAGCUCACUUUUGUUUCCAAUGCAAACUAACUGGUUUUCUUUGUCACUUUCAUGUGUCACUGCAAUGACACCAAAGCAUGAUCUGAAUUCUUUAGCCUUGUUUCGAGAAAGAAAAAAAACAAAAACACAAAUAGCAACAAAACAGAACAAAAUGAAGCCUUCAUAUUCAAGCGAUCUUUCACAAGAAACAGCUAACACUACGUGAUUUUUCACUUGUGCUAAGACGAGUACAUUUUUAGGACUGAAUAUGAGACUAAAUGACUUAUUAAGUUGGACAUUUUUCAGCGCAGUAAGGAAAUGAACGCGCACUAUGGCCUGUUAAUCGUUUUCAUUGCAGUAAUCUCCCGGAGUAAUCAAUUUAUAAUUGCCCACCCCCGCUUAAAAAAAAAA